UCACCACGCGUGUGGUCACCUUUGUUGACGCGAGGAAGAGUUUGCCACUUCUCACCCCUCAGGUGACAGUUUCUGCCGUUGCAUGACUGCACAACCCUGACGCAUCUGCAGCGGACCAGACUGCGGCAAUGGAAAGUGUCUCCAACGAAAGUGACUUUUGGCAGUUUAACGAUUCCUGGCGGAACUCAAGCUUUCCUAACGGGACCAGUUUGUUGAACCAGACGAACCCUCUGAAGCGGAAUGAAGAGGUGGCGAAGGUGGAGGUGACUGUGCUCGCGCUGGUGCUGUUUCUGGCACUAGCGGGGAACCUGUGCGUCCUGCUGGCCAUCCACACCACCAAACACAGCCAGUCCCGCAUGUAUUACUUUAUGAAGCACUUGAGCAUCGCAGAUCUAGUUGUGGCCAUAUUUCAAGUUCUCCCUCAACUGAUUUGGGACAUUACAUUUCGGUUUUACGGACCAGACAUUCUGUGCAGGUUGGUGAAAUACCUGCAGGUCGUUGGGAUGUUCGCCUCCACCUACAUGUUGGUUUUAAUGUCAGUGGACAGGUGUUUGGCCAUUUGUCAGCCUCUGCGUUCUUUGCACAGGAGAAAAGACCGUUUCUAUGUGAUAUUCUCCUGGGUGCUGAGCCUGCUCUUCAGUAUCCCGCAGAUGUUCAUUUUCUCCCUGAUAGAGGUCGCCCCACCGGGAUCAGGGGUGUAUGACUGCUGGGGAGACUUCGUCAAGCCAUGGGGGGCCAAAGCUUACAUCACAUGGAUCAGUCUCACCAUAUACAUCAUUCCAGUAGCGAUAUUGAGCAUUUGUUACGGGUUGAUAAGCUUCAAAAUAUGGCAAAACUUUAAACUCAAAACCCGGCGGGAUCAGUGUAUCAGCCUGACGCCCAAAACCUCCAAAUGCAACACGCUUGCGCGUGUGAGCAGCGUGAAGCUCAUCUCCAAGGCGAAGAUAACCACAGUGAAAAUGACUUUUGUGAUCGUCGUGGCUUAUAUCGUCUGUUGGACCCCCUUCUUCUCUGUACAGAUGUGGUCUGCGUGGGAUCCAGCUGCGCCACGUGAGGCCAUGCCCUUCAUUAUCUCCAUGCUGCUAGCCAGCCUCAACAGCUGCUGUAACCCCUGGAUCUACAUGUGCUUUGCCGGGCAUCUGUUCCACGAUCUGAGGCAGAACUUUCUGUGCUGUUCCUCCCGCUACCUCAAGUCGUCCCAGUGUCACUGUGAGCGUGACUUUGACUCGAGUCACAAGAGCAACUCCUCCACCUUUGUCAUUAAGAGCACGAACAGCCAGAGGAGCAUCACACAGACUUCCACCACCUAGUACUAUACCUUCUCUUCCCUUUUUAAGCUGCUCAGUCUGCCUUUCACCACAUACUGUCAACCAUAAGAUGCGAAGCAGUCGAGAGGAGAGACAACAAAAGAUUGAUUCUUUCAUUUUCAUUACUUAACAAUGUAAAGUGAAAACUGAGUUGUAAAGCAGAAAGAUGUACAGAUUGUUAUUAAGGGUGAGAUACUUUGACCAUACAAACUUGCACGAUAAUCAUUUAUCAAGCUGAGCAAUCAACAGAGUUAAUGUUUCUGUUUGUAUUUGGAUGUACAGUUUAUAAAUUCAAAUAUUUGCAGUGCAGAAAAAGGAAAGGAAUUGAGAAUAUUUCAAUGAUAUUCAAUCUUUGUCACCCACACUAUCGCUUCAGUUGAUGUCAGACAGCUUAUGGGCUCUUUUUGUCUGUGUUUUGAUGAAGUUCAUCCCCUGUUAUAAAUAUCUGUACGACGUUGUUCACUUUGUUACAAAUGCAAUGAAUGAAUUGCAUACAUGUAAACUGUUACUUGAGCUAUUGUUGGAUGUGGUAUGUCAUGGCUGUCACUGCUAAUGUUU